AGACGAAAGCGAAGGGAAAGGAGGACAGGAAGUUUUUCAGAUUGGUGGACAGAGCUGGAGGAUGUUGUGAUGUUGUCCUCACUAACCUGCACAGGCUGCUGUGGACUGCUCAGAUGCAGGCUUCUUCAGACUGGGACAUUUAAAUAUUCGGGGGUUUUGGAAGCUGUGGAUGCGGGAUAUCUACUUUAACAUUGUAACAGGAACAUAAUGCUUAAAUUCAGAGUCACACAUGGCUCCAGCCACAAUGAAAGAAAAGUGACCUGCAAGCAUCCAGUGUCAGGCAUCCCAUCCCAAGACAACUGCAUCUUUGUUGUAAAUGAACAACCAGCUCCAAAGGCUUCAGCAGAGCAGGAAAGCAGCACUGACAAGAAAGAGCGUCCCAUGAGCAUCAUGAGUGAGGCCUCUAACUAUACUGGCGGCUCAGAUUACAGCACCUUCCCUGGCAGCCCAGCUACCACUGUCACUACUGUCACCACCACCUCAUCUACGAGGCCUUCUAGGUCAUCCAAAAAAGUCCACAAUUUCGGCAAGAGAUCCAACUCCAUCAAGAGGAACCUUAAUGCCCCUGUGGUCAAGAGAAACUGGCUUUAUAAACAGGACAGCACAGGCAUGAAGCUGUGGAAGAAGAGGUGGUUUGUGCUGUCUGACAUGUGCCUCUUCUACUACCGUGAUGAAAAGGAGGACAGCAUUCUGGGAAGUAUCCUGCUGCCCAGUUUUCACAUUUCCAUGCUGUCUGUGGAUGAUCACAUCAGUAAGAAAUAUGCCUUCAAGGCCACUCACCCCAACAUGCGGACAUAUUACUUCUGCACAGACACCUCAAAGGAGAUGGAGUCUUGGAUGAAAGUCAUGACAGACGCUGCACUCGUCCACACUGAGCCGGUCAAAAGGCUAGACAAGCUGAACAUGGAGCAGCAGACGCCUCAGCAAUGGAACAACUUGUUGAACCACACUGCCCUUACGCAGCCUGAGAUCCAGAACAAUGAACGGAACAGAGAACCUGUUCGACAACAUUCACUUUCACGGGCUGAUGAAAAACGCUUGAAAGACAUUGAAAAACAGAAUAGCCAGAAGGAGAGAGAGUAUUACACCCUACAGAGAGACGGAGAAAAGUACUCAUUAAAGAAAGAUGGAGUUAGCUACAUGCUUCAGAAGGACGGAGAUAGAUACCUCCUUCACAAAGACGGGGAGCGAUACCUGCUGCGAAAGGAUGGGGAGAAAUACUCACUGCAAAAAGAUGUGGAGAAUUAUGCUGUUCAAAAAGUGAAUAAUAAGUAUACAGUGACACCAACAGAGGAUAAAUAUGCUCCUUCCAAAGAUGGUGAAAAGUUUCUACUUACAAAAGAUGGAGAAAAGUAUGCUCUGCAGAAAGUUGGAGAUAGACACAUGCUCCAGAAAGAUGGGCAAAUUUAUGUUCCUCAGAAGGAAGUAAAGAGACAGUUAUCAUUAAAGGAAACGGAAAGAUACAGCACCAUGAGAGACACGGGAAACAAAUAUGGUACCAUACAAAUUGUGGAUAAAUACGGCAAUCUAAAGGAAGUAAGGAAGUACAGCACACUACGAGAGGGGAAUAAAUAUGCUAGUGUUCCAAACCCAGAGAAGUAUGCUACAAUUCGGGCUGGGGAAAAGUACUUCUUCCAGAGAGAUCCAAGUUCAGAAAGGCCUUCAAAUAAUAUCAACAGCAUUAAGCUCCAGCCUGCUCAGGCAGCUGCCAUUGCAGCAGCAGUGACAGCAUCGCGCCAGAACCAGGCAAAUGUCAACGUCCAAAAACCUCUGCAAAUGAACAGACCUGGAGAACAGCCUGGGGACUGCGGUCAGAUAACAGCGGAGAACACUGUGGCCAGGAUUCCUCUGCAGUCCCCAGGUCCAGUUCAUGAGCCAGACUUUGGCAUACCCAGUGCCAAUUCCAUGCAACACCUGGAGCCGAGGGUUCGAGUUCACCGAACAAGAGAACUGGAUGAUGACACGCGAAGUGUUAUGUCAUACCAGACAUUGCCCAGGAACAUGCCUAGCCACAGGACACAGAUCGUCCCCUGCUUCCCAGAGGGUUACCGCACACUGCCCCGCAACAGCAUGAUGAGGCCUGAUAGCAUCUGUAGCGUAGCAGGUUCUGUUUACGAUCGGGCCCUCCGGCCAGUCUCCUCCACUAUCAGCACAGCGGAAAAAAGGCGAUCAAUGAGAGACGAUACCAUGUGGCAGCUGUAUGAGUGGCAGCAGAGGCAGGCCUUCUCCAGGCAGAGCUUGGCACAACCAGCAGCAGUGGGUCAUUACGGCACCCUGCCCAGCACAAAGACCAUGGGAAACAUCUCUGAGCAUGCUGUGGCACGCUCCAUCUCCACCUCCCCGUCUCAUGGGUCCUUGGCGCUCUACAACACCUUCUCCCCCCCUCACCAGCAGGCUGCUACUAACCCUAGCAGCUCGCUCUCUGAGGUGUCUUCACCUGUCCUCAGAGGGGAUGGGACGUUGGAUCAUCGGCAAAGGUCUCACCUCAGCAAAUAUGGAUGUCCAUCAGACCGACGGUCUGUGGCAGCCUGUGUCCCUCCUGAAACCAUCACACCACAGUCUCUGCAGGGGAAGACGCCUGAGGAGCUGACUCUGCUGCUCAUCAAGCUCCGCCGGCAGCAGGCAGAAAUCAACAGCCUGCGGGAACAUACAGUAGCUCAGCUAAUGGCCCUGGGAAUAGAAGGGCCCAACCCCAAGACUGAUGUUCUCUCCCACCAUCUGCAAAGGAACCUUACUUACCUGGACAAGCAGACGAAGGAGAAUGAGCCUCUUAUCUUCAUGAUUCACACUAUGAUUGAGAACUCUGCACCAAGGCCGCAACUCUACCAGCAAAUCACUCCAGAAGAUUUUAAAGACAGCUCUUUAAACCAGUCCAUUGACAAGGCUGAUGUAGAGACCAAGCUGAGCAGACUGUGUGAGAAGGACAAGGUGCUGAAGAUGCAGGAAGAGAAGCUCCAACAACUGCACAGGGAAAAGCACACUCUGGAGACGGUGCUGCUGUCAGCCAGUCAGGAACUGGGUGAGCAGAGUGGCUCCAACACGGCGGCCAUGCAGAGCCUGGUCCAACAAAGAGAUGUCCUGCAGAGCGGCUUGCUCAGCACCUGUAGGGAGUUGUCCAGAGUCACCGCUGAGUUGGAGCGAUCGUGGACAGAGUAUGAGCAGCUGGAGGCAGAUGUUACUCUGGCCAGGACCAACCUGCUGGAGCAGCUGGAGGCCCUGGGCAGCCCACAGACAGAACCUCCAAGUCAGCGGCACAUCCAGAUCCAGAAGGAGCUUUGGAGGAUCCAGGACGUGAUGGAGGCUCUGACUAAAACUAAACCCCAGCAGAGAACAGAGUGUGGUUUUCCUGGUUCAACGCCUCUUUCUAGUCAGCAGAAAAAUGAGGCAGUGACGCUGCUGCCACCCAGCCCACUUAAAGAGGGCACCAGGGUGCCCGCUCGCCCGCCCCUCCCUCAGUGCUAUGACUCAGAGUGCAUCCCUCACACAUACCCCCACCACUCACAACCUGGCAGCCGACCCCUCCACGCUCACCGCCCUGAGGAGCGCAAGGCCAGCUCCAGGAAUGGAGCACACAGCGUAAGACCUGUUUAAAGUCUCCAUGCUCCACUCCAACCUCCACCAUCCCUUCAUCCUCCGUCAUCAAUGAACACACAGAGCCACUUCAUCUGACCUCAAUCAUUUUCAGCCUCGCCAUCAAAUAUUUACAGAAUGAGAAGCUCCUUACCCACCUCCAUCAGCCCUGCAUUUCUACACCAGGCCGCAUCAUGAUAUUCACCCCAUCAUGGUUCAUCCUGCGUUUCAUCAUUGUAAUCAGAUUUUGCCUGCUGUGUCUGUCCUUCACCUUACCUUUGGGCUUUAAAACAUCGUGUUGUCCUCCAGUUAACCUUCUGCAGUUUUGCAGCUUAUUUAAAUUCAGUAUGUAAAUUUAAUUAGCGCGGGUUUUUGCUCUGUGACCUUUGUACUGGAGAGUGUGUAUAUCUUUUUGCAAAAAUAUUCAUACCCCUAAACUUUUCCAUAUUUCAUCAAACACAACUCGGAGCUUCGUUGUGAAGUGAAAGUGAUUCUUAAAAGUUUCAGUUUCUUUGAAUUAAAUUUCAUUCAAUAAAGUUUGAGGUGUGGUGUGGAGAGAGACAUGGAAAAUCACUGCUAUCAGGAUUGACCUACAUGAGAUAGACAAUGAAAACAUGUCAGAUGAUGUGGACAAGCUGCCUCUGAUCUCCUUCUAUAACAUAGUUCACUACCAGGCACGUGCAGAGCGGGGGGCUGGGGGGGCUUGAGCACCUGCCCUUUUUGCUCCUUGCCCCCAAGUGCCCUUUUGGUCAAAUU